AUGGAUGGAAAACGGACCUUGGGAAUGUUGUCAAUUGCCGAGAAAUACGAUAUCACUCAAAUGAUUAAAAGAGGUGAGACUCGUAAAAACAUAAAAGAACAGUACAAUAUUUCAUCUAGAACUCUGGACGUAAUAAGGGACAACCGUGCACAGAUAAUAGAAGAAUUCCGGAACAACUUAGCGCGUCCUAGCACUUCCAAAAUAGCUUUUACAAAAGAUGAAGCUAAUGAAAAUUUCGAAACAACUCUUCGCCAGUGGUACGUACGAUAUAGAAAUAAAAACAUAACAAUAACGAAUGAGAUAUUAGGGAGUAAAGCUCGGGAAUUGAGUACAAAAUUUCGCGGUACUGCUAAUUUUCAAGGCGGUUCGACUUGGCUGACAAAUUUUAAAAAACGUUACGGUUUACGUGAAGGGGAUAAGGCUGAAGAUUUAGAAAUAGGAAAUGAAGAUGAAGCGAAUAAGUGCAAAGCUCAAAUUAAAAAUCUUCUGCAAAGCGGAGAAUACACAUUGGAUAACAUCUACAAUGCCGAUUGCUUAGGAAUACUGUGGACAGCAGUACCACAACAAACUGUAAUGUAUAAGCCAUCACUAAAGAUGAGUAGCCCGCACGGAGAAAAAGUUACGAUACUUCUUGGUGCAAAUGCUACCGGAAGUCAUCAGUUGCCAGUACUAGUAGUCGGAACAAAAGUGAAUCCUCCAUGUUUAAAAUCCUUCUAUACAUUUAUACGUAUAUAG